UAAAGGCAGCAGCCUCACACCACCUGGAUGAAUUACUGUGACAGACUUGUGACUGAGCAGCUAUCAGGCUGAAUCAUUGCCUGUUGUUGAGAACAGUAACAGUGGGACUAAGCCAGGUUGCUUUGAACCAUCUUUGAAGAACUGAUCUGAGAUGGAUUUCUUACGGCUGCCAGAAAGAAUCAUCGAUCAGUCAGCUGGGAGUUACAAACAGCAGGAGGACUCAGCAGCAGUCAGAGACAGAGGACUGACACCUGCUGACUUUGGCAGCAUCUACAGCAAAGACCUUCUCCCUGCUGCAGGUGGUGAGGAGAUGACCAGAGGGUUCCUCCAGGAGCUGGUGAACAUCCUGUUGAAUUAUAUCAGCAAGUCGAGUCAGAGGAGCUCCAAGGUCCUUGACUUCCACCAUCCUCACCAACUGAAGGAGGGACUGGAGGGCUUCAGUCUGGACCUGCCUGACCAACCAGAAACUUUAGAGCAGAUACUCGUGGACUGUAGAGACACACUCAAGUAUGGUGUUAGUACAGGCCAUCCCCGUUUCUUCAACCAGCUCUCCUCAGGUCUGGACGUAAUUGGAGUGGCAGGCGAGUGGUUAACCUCUACAGCCAACACUAACAUAUUUACCUAUGAAGUGUCUCCCGUUUUUGUCCUCUUGGAGGAAGUUCUGCUAAGGAAGAUGCAAAGCAUUGUGGGAUGGUCUGAUGAUGAGGGAGAUGGAAUCUUCUGUCCAGGAGGGACAAUAUCCAACCUGUACAGCAUCCUGGUGGCCAGAUAUCACUUCUACCCAGAGGUAAAGAGCAGAGGGAUGGGAGCUCUGCCUCGGCUGGUGCUCUUCACUUCAGAACAUAGUCACUAUUCAGUGAAAAAAUCUGCAGCCGUGCUGGGGCUGGGCACCGAGAAUGUGGUCAUGGUGAAAUGUGAUGAAAGAGGGAAAAUGAUUCCAGCUGAACUUGAGUCUUCCAUUGUUACAGCCAAAGAACAGGGUCUGGUUCCAUUCUAUGUGAAUGCGACAGCAGGAACCACAGUGUAUGGAGCCUUUGACCCUCUCAGCGCCAUCGCUGACAUCUGCCAGAAACACACACUCUGGAUGCAUGUGGAUGCGGCCUGGGGUGGAGGCCUGCUGAUGUCAGACAGGCACAGGAUGAAACUACAGGCCAUUGAACGGGCCUGGUCUGUCACAUGGAAUCCUCACAAGAUGAUGGGCGUCCCUCUGCAGUGCUCUGCCAUACUCGUCAAGAAGAGAGGUCUCCUACAGGAGUGUAAUGAGUUGGGGGCUGAGUACCUUUUCCAGACAGACAAACCCUACGAUGUGAGCUACGAUACUGGAGAUAAGAGCAUCCAGUGUGGCCGACAUGUCGACGUCUUUAAGCUGUGGCUGAUGUGGAAGGCAAAGGGCUCAGAGGGCUUUGGAUCUCAGGUCAACAAAUGCUUAGAGAAUGCUGAGUAUCUGUAUGAUCUGCUGCAGGGGAGGACAGACUUUGAGCUGGUCUUCAAACACAAGCCGGAGCACAGUAACGUGUGUUUCUGGUACAUCCCUCCCAGUCUGAGAGGUCUGCCACCUGGACCUGACAGAGACGCAAGACUCCACAAGGUGGCUCCUCAGAUCAAAGGCAGGAUGAUGGAGAAGGGCUCUGUCCUGAUUGGCUAUCAGCCGCUAGGGGACAAAGUCAAUUUCUUCAGGUGUGUGUUCUCCAAUCCUGCCACACAGCCAGAGGACAUUGACUUCCUGCUGGAUGAGAUCAUUCAGCUGGGUGACGACCUCUGACAUCUGAUAUGACUGUUAGGCCUCAGUUCCCAUCAUUCUGAAGGAAAUGAGUGCCUCCACUUAAUCCUUUGGUGGACUGACAUCAGUUUUCUUGUGCUGCAUUCAGAUGCCUUUCACAAGGUACCUGAUCCUUUGAAACCUGAGACAAUUGGUUGAUUUCUUUUGAAAACAUAGGGGAAAAGGCAACAACCAACUUGAUAAGGAAUGUUCCACAAAGUGCAAGGAAUAAGUAAAAGCUGAUUAUCAGAAAUUCAUCCAAAAAAAGGGGAAAAUGUCCAGAAAACUAUGUUUUUUGCAAAGUUUUGGGCCAUGUCUUUUUUGGUUGCAUGUGGUGUUCUCUUUUUGUAAGAAAUGAAACAAAUUUGUUCAGGGUUGAAAGAGCAUUGUCUGACUGUGCCAUUAUCCUACACUGUAUCCAGCCUGUGUUCGAAAUCAGAUGCAGGAGCAUGCUUUUGACUCUUACUUCCAGCUAUGCUGUGAAACCUUUGCUUCCAGUUUGAGAUAAUUUACGGUAUUGCUUCCCUACAACAUAACAGAGCCCUUUUUCAACACUAUAAUACUGUAUUUAGACCUGGCAUUAAUAUGUGUUUCGGGCAAUCUAAUGACAAAUGGAGAGCGGUAAAUACAGGAGUAAAUGGCCACCAAGUCGCAUUGUGAUCCGAUCCCUCAAAGCCCCUGCUGAGGUGAUCUGAGAUGAAUCUGACAACAGAAUCUGCGAACGCCAUCCUGAUAUGUCACCAGCAAGGACUUUAUCAGUGCAGGACUUGGUUGUUGUUUUGGUGGCACUGUGCUAAUGCUCUGCCCAUUUUAUGUCGAAUUGGACUUAGUGCGUGACCAUUGCUGAGUGACCAUUGAGUUG